GCUCUCCCGUGCCGGAAGUGGGGAGGAGAAGCGCCGCCACCGCACACACACGGGCUGCUCGCAGCAUGGGUAGGCCGCGCCGGGCCGCCCCGCGCCGGAGGCUGCCGCAGGCAGAGGAGGAUGCCGGGGAGGAGCCCGCCGGGCCCGAGCCGGGCCCGCUGGCCUCGCAGAGCUUCACGGACGAGGUGGACGAUUUCCACGAGGCGCGGUUCGAGGCGGUGAUGGGGGCGCUGGGGAGCGAGGAGGAGGCUGAGGAGGAGGAGGAGAGCGAGGAGGAGGUGCUGGGCCUGGAGCUGCCGGAGGAGAGCGAGGAGGAGGAGGAGGAGGAGCCGGGGGGCGAGGAGGAGGAUGGGGAUGAAGAUGAAGAGGAUGAGGACCUGUCUAUGCACAGUGACCUGGAGGAGCCAGUCAGGGGCUCCGGCCUCCCCCACGAGCUCUCCUGGGGGCAGCGCAAGCAGCUCUAUUAUGACACGGACUACGGGGCCGCUGCCCGCUCGAAGAACAAGCGGAGUCGCGAGGAGGCCGAGGCCGAGGAGCUGGAGGAGGAGCAGGAGGCUCAGGCCAUCCAGAAGCGUCUGGCGCAGGCCUUGGGCGAAGACGACUAUGGGCUGGACCUGGUGCAGGCCUACGCGGAUGAGCAGCGCAGCACCCAGCUGCUGGAGACGGAGCCGAAGAUCGCCAAGGAUUUGAAGGCGCUUUCCAGAAAAGAGCAACUGAAGCUGCUGAAGCAAGAGUCACCUGAGCUGCUGCAGCUGAUUCAGGACUUUGAAGCCAAGUUAACUGAGCUCAAGGAUGAACUGAAUCCACUCAUGCACAUGGUCAGGAAUGGGAUCAUCCCGAAGGGAAAAGGCAGCCGUUACCUCCAGACCAAGUAUCAUCUCUAUUUGAAUUAUUGCACCAAUAUCAGCUUCUACUUGGUUCUGAAAUCAAAGAGGAUUCCAGUUCAGGGCCACCCUGUUAUUGAAAGACUGGUUGCUUACAGAAAUUUAAUCAAUGACUUGGGGAUUGUGGAUGAAAAGUUAUCAUCAGAAGUCCAAUGGCUCCUUAAAGAGCUCCACAAUACUGAGAGAAAUGAUGUAGGAGGAAAGAAACAAUCCACAAUGCUUCUUCAGAGAACUGUUAAUAAAAAUAAACCAAAAUCUAUUCCUAAGAUUUCUACUGUUGAGGCUGCUGCUAAAGAACCAAGAGAUGAUUCAGACUUAGAUGAAGAGGCUGCCUUGAAAUUUUACAGGGAGAUGGAGGAGAAGAUGAAACUCAAGAGGAAGAGAAGAGAAGAUCAGAAUGCUAUGGAAGAGGAAUUGGUUCUUGAAGAAGAUCCAAAUAAAAAGCGAGGUAUAACAUAUCAGAUUGCCAAGAAUAAAGGCCUUACACCCAAAAGGAAGAAGAUUGAUCGUAACCCAAGAGUCAAGCAUCGUGAGAAAUUCAGGCGUGCUAAGAUUCGUAGAAAGGGCCAGGUUCGCGCGGUUCGAAAAGAAGAGCAAAGAUAUGGUGGUGAACUGUCUGGCAUUCGUGCUGGAGUUAAGAAAAGCAUAAAGCUUAAAUGAUUCCCUCUGCGAUUUGUGGACCUGAAGAUAGUGGAUGUGAACACAAUAAAUCAUUUCUAAAUAGAACAUUGUGGGUUUUUAAAUACUUAUUAGUGUAGAAAGUAUAUAAUAUAUAUUUUAACAGAAUGUUCAACCAGCCCUUUAAUUGUACACCUCUCUAAAAAUAACCCUGAACACUCACUCCUGUGUACAGGAGCUAUUCCCUACAUCACUGUCUCUUACUGUAACUUUCCCUAUAGGGUGUUAUUCUCUGAGAAGCAGAAAAGGUUGUGAUGGAAAGAAGUGAAAUACGGAUGACGGGGUGGGAAUUAGGUUGGGUAGGACUUUACAGAGGGUGCCAAAAGAUUUGGCAAUUGGGAAGAGACUUGGCAGCGUCUGCAAAAAGAUUCUAUGUGGGGAGGGAGUUGGGGAGUAAAAUGUGUGCCGCUACCAUUGCCAUCUCCUUUGCCUAUUUUGUUGCCUGUUUCUCUGGUCCAGUAACUGUGAUGAGCUGUAGAAUUAGGUGCCUGCUAUGGUAGUUCCUGUAAUGGCUGCUUUACUUUGCUCCCACCUUUCCUCUGGUUCUUUGGAAAAUUGUAGAUGAGGUAAGAAUUAGAUAAUAAUCUAAUUAUACAAGGGAAUGAAUCACUAACAAGAAAAAAUCUUAGGUCUAGUAAGCAAUAAUUAGCAAUUCAGUAGAAAGCUGCGACCUUCACAAGCUUAUGUAUUUUCUAUACUUAGUGGGCCAAUUAUGUAGUGGUUAAACAGUUUAACCCAUUGUCUUUGGCCUGGUCUGUACUACCGUUUUAGUAAUUGGUUGUCAGCAAUCUUAUUUGCAUUGGUUAUUUGCAUGAGCACAGUUGAGGUAUAAGCAGAGACAAGGGCAAAUUGACCAGCAACCGUUCAUUUCAAAUCAUUAACCUUUGCUAUUAACCCCGGCUCUGAUUUGUCCUUGUCUGUACUUCUAGCUAAAUCAUGAUUACAGCAACUUUCAAAGUCUCCUAUUUUUCCCAUGCAUUCUAAUGGAGAACUGCAUUUCCUGUGUUUUAAUCUCAGACUGAAAGUCCUGCUGGGAAGUAUCAAUAAAAUGACAGAGACCACUCACAGUUCUGGUUAUUCUGAAAUAGUGACAGGUAUUUAUAAAUCCCUCUUGAAAAUGCGACCGUGUAAUUUGCACCACUGUGAGCAAUAUCCCGAGAGAUGCUGAACAUAUAUAAGUCCAGUUAAGUUCUAGUUUUGGGUGCUCAUAUCUCAGGAUGGCAAGUCUGGCUUGAUUUUUGUCCCAGGUUAGCAGUGUAUGAAAGUCAUUAUAAUCUAUCCAAUGGUUUAUGUGAAGUUAGUGGACAUAUGUCCACAUUACAAAAUCGUUAUUGCAAUUAGUAACCUCGUGACAAUCUCCAUGGGGAAUCCAAGAUUUGAAAAUGCAUCAUAACUAAAUCAAUAUUCUGUCUUUUAGGCUGUGACAGGUUAACAGUAAUCUAAAUAUAUGAGCAGUCCAUAAACUGUAUAGACAGCAUCACUGAAAUGUGUAGUUCCUCGAAUGUAGGGAGGCAACCAGCUGCUGUACAGCAAUGACGCACAAUCGUAACAUGUCAGUGACGCAAAUCUGUUUUGCACACUCGUUGGCAUAGUCUUCAUAGGUUAUGUAAUAAUACUGCAGAGAUGACACUUUCUCUUUAGAUUAAAUAUGUAUGUUUGA